CAGGAGGAGGAGGAGACGUCCCUCUCCCAGUGACUGGCCGUGUAGGGGAGACUGUCUCACUGCCGUGCCCUCUGAAUCUGACAGUUCCUAUUAAAGGAGUCACAUGGAUAUUUCAUGUCAAUGGGGAAAAAAUAUUCCUGGCUGAAUUCAGAGACCAGAAGUUUAUCAGAGAGAAUGAGAAUUAUUUCCCCAACCGGCUGGAAGGGUCUAACAGUGGCACCGCAUUACUGAUCAGGGAGCUGAGAAUGGAGGAUUCUGGGAUCUUCACUGCACUAAUUAUUUUUAAUGGAGAAUUGAGAGACAUUUCUUAUAAUGUCACUGUGUGGGAGCCUCUCCCCAUCCCUACACCAGUAAUAGAGAAGACAUUAGAUGGGAAUUCCUCUGAUCUCUGCCAUCUUCAUUGUUCUGUCCCAUCAAACUCACCAACCCUGUCCUACAGUUGGACCUACAGAGAUACUGGCACUGACAGACUAUAUGCCAAUGGCAGCACAAUCACUGUAUCACUGAAGGAUAAGGCAUUGGGGGCAGAAUUUACCUGCUGGGUACAGAAUCCUGCUCACAGGAACAGCACAUCCGUCCCUUUAUAUCCAUGUGGGGAGGCAAAGAAUGGAGCAACUGGAAGAGGUUAUCUUUUGCCCGCAAUAAUUGCCAUAAGUUUGAUCGGUGUUAUACUUGUCUGCAUCAUUAUAGCUGUAUAUAUAGCUGUAUAUAAAGCUGUAUAUAGCAGGAGAAAACAAAUAAUGCAGAGACCAGCUGCCCCGGAACACCAGGCUGAUAUCAAAGAUGGUGCAGAUGAACAGAUACCGCUCCAGGAAGUCCUGUCUACUCCUGCGUCAAUGGUCAACUCCACCAAUAAUAGACUGAGUAAGGGACAUGUGAAGAACUGGAAAACAGAUCUCGGAGGCAAAACUUCCAUUUUAAUGUUGACCCUGGAAGUUACGGGCUCCUAUAUAUUACAGUUUGUAGCUUGGGCCAACAUGGAGCCCUCUCACACUGCCGCUACUGGUUCCUUGGAGAUUGUCCUGGAAGCACUCCUCAAGCAUCUGGAGUUCCAGGAGGCUCAACAGGCUCAUCUCUUCCAGUCCCUUCAGCUUUUUGCCUCCUGUCUGGACACCCUUCAAGGGGUGCAAGGUGCUUCUGCUCCAUCUUCUCAGGUUUCUGCCCUGGCUGCUACUCCUGCUGUGGUACAGUCCCAGAAAUCAUGA